AUGUCAAAGAAGAAAACCACGGAGGAUGACGAUGUAAUACAAACUGUUUCAAGAAUCGCCUCUCUUGUUUCUAUAUCGUUGAUACUGAGUUGCACAUUUCUGUAUGGAUUCGUUGCUGUCAAAUUUGAACAGUCUUCUCAAAAUAUUGCUGCUCAUGCGAAAGGAUAUGAGGUUUUAAAACAUGAAGCGGAUGAAGAACUUUAUUCUGUUGAAGGCAUACAUAUGCGACACGAACGUCAAGCUUGGCGACGGGCGAACAAGUGGAGAAGUAGUAUAAAUGGAAGAAGAAGGCAAAAUUCCGUUGAGCCUAGGGUCUGCGAUUGCUCUGUAAUUGAAUGUCCAAGAGGCCCCCGAGGUCCACCUGGUGAAGAAGGUGCAUGGCCAAUUGAUGGUAUUCCGGGAAACCCCGGAAAAGAUGGUCUUGACGGGAUUUACCAAGUUGAGGAGCCUGAAUGUCCGCCGUGUCCACAAGGACCGCCUGGCGAAGAUGGAGUUAUUGGCGAACCAGGCGACCCUGGGAGGCCUGGUACUCCAGGUGAACCUGGAAGAGCUGGAACGAAUGAGCCAGGAACAGUGGGCCCUCCAGGGCUUCGCGGUCAAUCCGGACGGCCAGGUCAUAAAGGAGAUCCGGGUGAGCCAGGUCAAGAUUUCGUACAGCUUGUCGGGUUGCCUGGCCCUAAAGGCGCACCAGGACCUGCUGGCUUACCUGGUCCUAGAGGUGACCCAGGAAAUAACGGCAAACCUGCUCCACCGGGACCCGAAGGAUUCCCUGGUCCGGUGGGAGAGCCAGGAGAUAUGGGAGAAUAUGGUUUAAGAGGACCACCAGGAAGAAAAGGACCACCUGGCAAAGAUGGAGGAUACUGUCAAUGCCCACCAAGAGAAGCUCAUUAUCCACAACCUAAAAACAUAUACGUCAAUCUUCGUAAAAAGGCUAAUAGUGAUUUAAUUGAUUUGGGCAGCUCCAGCAUGCGGCGAUCCCCGCUGACGCCACUAAUUGCCUACAAAGACUCAAGCGAAACUGGCCAUACUAACAGAGUCGUGAUGCGGAAUAAAAAUAAGUAUCGAAGUGGUAAUGGUGAUACGGUCGACUUUGAACUGCGAUAG